UUUCAGAAAAAAAAUAUGUCCAGCAAUCAGAAAAUUGUUACUAACUUGGAAGAUAUAAAAGAAAAUGGUAACCAGCAUAGCCAAAAUUCUCCUUCCAACUGCGAGCCCCCAGGAACCUCUUCAAGCCAGAAAACUCCGAAAACUCCGGGAAACCAGUUAGUAACCACCACAAGCUCGCCCACAAGGCCAUCAAAUUUCAUCGGAAAAUGUCUUGACAGUGCCAAAAUGCACAAAGAAAUGGCUGUAAGAGUGAACAUUGAAAGUAUAAAUUGCAACGAACUUGCUGCGAUCUACUUCAGCGAAAGCUCCUUCCGACUUCAAGCUCUGCUCACUGAUCAAUUUGAGAAUGCAGAGGUGGAAAUCUCUCCAACUCCAACUACCUCUACAAAUGACAUUAACAGUACUCCUAAGCGCCCACGUCCAUCGGUUUUUAAAAAAGAUUCUCAUAAAUAUUUAUAGGAAAAAUAUCUAACAAAUAAUUUGUGAACUGACAUUCUGAAUGUUCAAGUUAAACAACAUGGUGCAAUACUAAUAGAGAAAAUACUUUUUAUAGUUUUUUUUAAAUAAUUUUCUUUUUCGGUUUCACAUUGUCCAUAUCUUUAUCUUUAAUUAGGAUAUAUUAAUGUAUUAAUGGCUAUAUUGAUGGUCAUCAAAUCAUUACAAAAAGUUCCGUAGUCUACGAUAAAAGUACAGCACUUUACCAAGAUUACCGUGUUUUGUAUUUUUGUUUUGUUUUAGAUCUAUUUUUCUGGAUUCAUUUUAUUGUAAUUCUGCAGAAUAAAGUUUUUAUAAAGCAA